AUGGAUUUCAGCGAUGAGGUUGGACCAGAAAGUAUAUGGGAAGAUGACAACAACUUCUAUCAAGAGAAUGAGACGCUGGUGAUUUCAAUAUUCCAUAUUGAUCCAAUGCUUGAAAGAGAUGAAAUCAAGUCAAACUUACAAAGAGUCCUAACAGAUAUCCAUAACCGAUUUGAACCAUGGCUAGAUCAUUAUAUUUGGAAUCAAGAACCUGUGAAAUUUGAAAUGUGUGAACAUGAUGAUGUGGAAUACAUUUAUGGUAAAUUGGUAUUUGGUGAUUAUUAUAAUGAUGAAUGGCUGGUUACACAGAUUUUAUUUGAACUUUCCAAGACUUAUGAAGAUUUAUACAUACAUCUUUCCGAUAAUGAAGGUGAAUUAAUACUUAUAGAAGGUGCUGAUCAACUACCAGAAUGGAUUGAACCUGGAAAUGCCAAAAAUAGAGAUUGGAUUAAUCAUGGAAGAAUAUUAAUCAUACCUGAAGAGUAUUAUAAAGAUCGUGGAUUGAAAAUGAAAGAAGCAUUAAAAUUUUUGGAUAGAGCUGUUUACAAAUGUUUAAAGAUAGCUGAGUUAGAUAAAGUCAUAAUAUCAAAGCUGAAGCAAUAUCCAACAAAGGCAUUAGAAGGCCAAGUUGAAUUAGAAAUUACUCUACCCAGAGAGUAUGCAGGGUUAUUAAUGAAGUCAAACAUACUCAAUCAAGCUGUCAUAGCUCAUGGUAAGGAUAUACAAGGUGGAAAUGCAACAGAAAACUUAACUACCACUGACUUGGUGGAUUUAAAAAUAAGGACAACCGCAUUAGCCUAUUUAUUCACAGACUUUUAUGCCAAAUCACAAAAUGAAUCUCAAAAAUUAGCAGGUGGUAAACUUGUGACGAUAUCUUUACAAAAAUAUCUUAAUGAAAAUCCCAAUAUUAAAUUAGAUUAUAAACCAACAGACAAGGAGAUCCAAGAUUUCAAUCUUAAAGGUGAUGUCUUACAAAAAGAAUUGAUCAGACUUAUGAGAAUUGAUAAGUAUGUUGAACCAAAUAUAAAAUUUGAUGAUUCAAAUGAAACUGAAAAUCCAGAGAAUGAUGACUUGGUAUCUAAACUUGAAACUUUUUUCAAAGAUACAAAUGCUGGUCUUGACGGUGUUGAAAAUAAACCACAAGACUUUACAAAGUCAACAAAUUUUAAAAUUGAAGAACUGGAACCUGAAUCCGAAGAUAGUGACGAGGAAGAUGAAGAAGCAAGAAAAUAUCUUGCCCAGGAGAACAUUGAUAUCGAUGAAGAUGAUUUUUUUGAAUUUUUCGCCAAAGAAGCAUUGAAAUUAUCCGAUGAGGAUUUAGAAACAUUUAGAAACAUGAAAUUAGAUGAUGAGCAAAACGUUACUAACGAUCAAGAUGAAGAGGAUUAUGAACCUGAUAGUGAUGAAGAAGAAUUAUUGAAAAACUUUGCAUCCGGAGAUGCUACCCAGUCUAUCCAAGAAUUAUUGAAAAGUCUGCAAACUGAAGGUGGUGCAAAUGGUCCAGCUGCUACAUUAUUACAAAGUUUAGGUAUGAACAUCACAACAGAGAAAUAA